AUGUUGUACUCACAGGUGGUGGAGAAGAGCGGGUACGGCGCGGAAAAGUUCUCCAUGAUAGGGAACGUAGACGGUACAGGAUCUCUUGUAGUGGUGCAGCCCCUGGACUAUGAGGACCCUCUCCAGCGGAAUGGCUUCAGGUUCCAGAUACAAGUAGUGGACGAGGACGACCACUCGCCUCCAGGUUCCAGCCACACAGCGUUGUCGUGGGUGGUUGUCAAGCUGGUGGAUGUCAAUGACAACGCACCACAGUUUGACAACCCUCACCCAACAUUGACCGUGUACGAGGAUAUCCCCACAGGAACUGUCCUAGAUCAGCUGAUGGCUAAGGAUGUGGACCACAGUGGAAGAAGCAACAUCCGGUUCGUCAUUGACCGUUCUUCCGACCGGAACAGGCAGUUUCACGUUAGUCAGGAUGGGAGGCUAAGCGUGCAUAGAUCGUUGGACAGGGAGACAAAUUCCAUUCAUCAGUUGAAGGUACUCGCGGUGGACGAUGGCUACCCACCACAGACAGGGUCCGUCACAGUCACUGUGUUAGUGGAGGAUGUCAACGACAACGCUCCAAGAUUCAUGGAGGAGUACAGACCCGUGGUAGCCGAGAACGACAAGCCGAGAGAGAUACUCAAGGUGUUCGCCAUCGAUCCAGAUGAUCCAAUAAAAGGAAACGGUCCGCCGUUCACUUUCUUUCUGGAUCCUCGAGCUAACGAGACGAUCAAAUCUUCCUUCAGAGUAGUACAAGAGAAAGGAUAUGAAGAUAUGGCCAAAGUCGUGUCGUUAGUUACAUUUGACAGAGAGAAGCAGAAGCAAUAUUUUGUUCCAAUUGUGAUUUGCGACUCUGGACAACCCGUAAAAAGCAGCACCAACACUCUGACUGUGAUAGUGGGGGAUAUCAACGAUAACCCGAUGUAUCCAGGCUCCAUGGAGGUGCAGGCAUACGUGUACAGGGUACAAAACAUGGACAUUCCAAUUGGGAGAGUCUACGUAGAAGACCUUGACGACUGGGAUCUGCCUGAUAAGAAGUUUCGAUGGGAUUUGAAAGAAAGUCAUCGGUUCAAGCUAAACGAAGAAACAGGAGAGUUGACAAUGAGGUCUGGGACUCACAGAGGUCUUUACAGCCUACACUUUAAAGUUCAGGACAGAAAACACAACCAGAAUAACGUAAAGGCCCAUGUCAGAGUCAGAGUUAGAGACUUGUCGUAUAACUCUAUCACAAACUCUGGGUCUUUGAGAUUGAGUGGUAUAUCGGCUGUGGAUCUGGUGAAGAAGCGGAACGGUGGAAGCAAGCUCUCUAUGUUACAAACAAAGUUAGCGGAAGUUUUGAAAGUAGACGAGGAACACGUCUCUAUCUUCAGUGUUCAGCAAGUUCUCGCACACCCUCCUCUAACGGACGUCCGGUUCGCCGUUACUAACUUGAAGCGUGAAGUGGUAGACGGGAUGGUUAUGCUGCAUACAAACUUGAUAGAAGAAGCAGUGAAGCUGAACAUCACUAUGGUGGGAGUGGACGAGUGUGUUGAUGAGCGGCGUCAUUGCGAGGGUAGUUGCACUUCACGACUGGAGGUGGGAGGAUCAUCUUUAGUCAACGCCAACACCACAGUGCUGGCUGGGGUGAGAGUUGUAGCGGUGGCCGAGUGCCUCUGUGGAGCAUUGGACUAUAGUCGCCCAGAGACGUGCAGAUCUCGUCCAUGUUUCAACGGUGGUCGCUGUAUAGAAGGCCGAUAUGGAAUCAGUUGUUCGUGUCCUAGCGGUUUCAAAGGACCCAGAUGUCAGAAGACCUCGCGCACAUUCCACGGUGCAGGCUGGGCUUGGUAUCCUCCCUUGAGUGUAUGUGAAAACUCCCACCUCUCCUUUGAAUUCUUGGCUAGAAAGGCAGAUGGUCAGUUGAUCUACAACGGUCCAGUAGGGCCUCCUAAGCCUGGAGGAGUAACGAACUCAGAUUUCCUAUCAGUGGAGUUGGUAGACGGGUAUCCCCGGUUGCUGAUGGACUACGGUUCAGGGACUAUAGAGCUCAACCUGACUACAGAAACAAGACUGAACGACACCACCUGGCAUCGACUGGACGUUCGAUGGACGACAGAGACGGUAGAGCUGGUGGUGGACCGAUGUCUAGGGGUGGCAGGUCUAAGGGAGGCCAGCAGUUGUCGUGUAAAGGGUGCGAUGCCUCCCUUCAGUGAGUUGCUGAACCUCCAGACGCCUCUGCAGCUUGGAGGACGCCACAUCGCUGACGCACUGACAUCUUCGUCAUACCGCUGGAACCAUGUGCCUUAUGGAAAAGGUUUUGAUGGCUGCAUCAGAAACCUCAUGUGUAAUAGUAAGCUGUACGAUUUGGCGGGCAGCGGACUGACCCAGGGUAGCGAGGCUGGCUGUCCCGGUCUCUGUUCUCCCGAGUGUGAAGUCCACGGAGAUUGUGGGGGCAGUGCAAGAGAGCCCCGCUGCAGCUGCUCUCCCGGCUACCAAGGCCCCCACUGCACCACCCCCACCCAGCCUGUCACUCUAGAGCCCCACAGCUACAUCAAGUACUCCCUUAACUACGAACCUGACCUCCAUGUGACGGAGGUCCAGCUCAGGUUCCGCACCAGAGAGGAGUCUGGAGAGUUGUUCCGUCUGGGGGACCAGCGAGCUGACCAAUAUGCGGUGUUAGAGAUCGUCGAAAGCCGGCUAAAAUUUCGCUACAAGCUGAGUGACUCUUCUAAAGCCGACCUAAGGAUCUCAGCUCUGAGGAUAAACGACGGCCAAUGGCACAACGUGAAGGUUAUUCGAGUGGGAGCAUCAGUCAGCUUGGAGCUAGACGGUGGAGAAGGGAGGAGGGGUAACAGAACGACAGACUGGGACUCUCGACUACAGCUGGUGGUGGAUACUGAGGAGGGCGUGUACCUUGGAGGCAGACCUGAGUAUACGGAGAUAGGGAUCAUCGCUGUGGAGCACGACUACCAGGAAGGUUGUAUUGACGACGUGCGGCUGAACGGUCGCCCACUGCCGCUGCCGCCCGUGUCUAACAGCACGGUGUGGGCGGCCGCCCUGGUCGCCCAGAACACCGCCCUGGGCUGCCCCACGGACAAGCUGUGCUCCACGGCGAUGUGCCGCGGGGCCGCCCACUGCACCCCCAACGACCCCUGGAACACUAACCGCUGCUUUUGUGGAGAAGGCAAUGUGCUCACGCCCGACGGUAAACUUUGCGUCCCAAGCAACGACUGCUGGGUGAAACCCUGUAUGAACGGUGGAGUCUGUCAGGAGGUAGACAACAGACAACAAUUCCGCUGUGUGUGCCCAGACAACUACUGGGGAGACCAGUGUGAGCUGGCCCAGGACAGACACACUCUCAGGCUGGGAAUAGGAGCAUUCGCUACCGUACUGAGCUGUAUACUGGUGGUGCUGUUAGACAACUACUGGGGAGACCAGUGUGAGCUGACCCAGGACAGACACACUCUCAGGCUGGGAAUAGGAGCCUUCGCCACCGUACUGAGCUGUAUACUGGUGCUACUGUUAGACAACUACUGGGGAGACCAGUGUGAGCUGGACCAGGACAGACACGCUCUCAGGCUGGGAAUAGGAGCCUUCGCCACCGUACUGACCUAUAUACUGGUGCUGCUGUUAGACAACUACUGGGGAGACCAGUGUGAGCUGGCCCAGGACAGACACGCUCUCAGGCUGGGAAUAGGAGCCUUUGCUACCGUACUGAGCUGUAUACUGGUGCUGCUGUUAGGUAGGUCAUAG